CAACGAUUCCGUUGGUGUUUUCCGCUGUGUUUGUGUUCGUGUGUUCGCGUUGGCGCUGUCAUCAUCAUAUCGCAUCGCUCCGCUCCGAAAAACCGUGCCAAUUGAAUCCGUUUUUACCACGCCAGAGUGUUUGUUUUGUCGCCCGCCGACCGCCCGGAGUUUACAAUUGGCGUUUGGCAGUCUCCAAGUUGCAAAGUGCCUUUAAAACAGUGCAACAAGUGGUUUUUACACUUUUUACAAGCGUUCAAAGUGCCUUACACACGUACAUACUUAACCUACCUGACCAGAGCGCAUAUGUGUGAGCGUGUGUGUGUGUUACAACAACAACAACGACGAAAAUAACUAACUGCUUUCGUCGCAGUUUUUCUGCAAGUGUAUUGGUUAAUUGCGCCGAAAAAAUGUUAAGCGAGGAAAUUAAUUAAGGCCUAAUUGAAUUACGCUAGUAAAUUUAAAAUAAAAACGAAAAAAGUAAAGAUCUGGGAUCUGAUCGAAAAGAUCUGGUGAGAAAUCCCCAACGCGAGGAUCUGUAUCGCGUAUGUGUCAAUUCAUUUAUUUAAAUAUAGAUUACAAGUGCACUUAAACAAACAGAAGAAAAGGAAAACAAGUGAUUAACUGCCAGAUAAGCAGACCGACGUGACGUACUCGCGUGGAUUAAUAAUUGAGAAGAUAGCCGGCAGAUAGCAGAUAGGAGAUAUCAGAUAGCAGAUAUAGCAAAUAUAGCAGAGCGGACGAAGCAAUGGAGUCCAUGGAGUACGAGAUGGCACGCAACAUGACGCUGCUCUUCUUCUUGGAGCGGCUGCUGGACAAGGGCGAACCACGCACCGUCCACGAUCUCUCCUGCCAGUUCGGCAACAAGGAGUUCACCAAGGAGAUGCGACAAAUCGCCGGGGGCAGUCAGUCGGGUCUGAAGAAAUUUCUCGCCCAAUACCCAGCGAUAUUUCUGGUCGACGGUGAUUAUGUCCAGGUGAACGCCUAUCAGCACCACAAUGCCGAUGACGGCGGUUGCGGGGGCAAGCGGGAUUACAUCCAAGAGGCUAAAGACUACUUCAAGAACAAGAUGCUACAGUACGGAGCAGCGGCCGAGGUCCCGGUUCGCAGUCUGCUGGGCCACAGGUCGCAGGCCUCACCACAAGUGCGUCACAUAUCGGGUCAACAUAUCAAGGAAUUCACUGACUUUCUGAUGAAGCACACGGAUACCUUUAAGGUAACGGACGACUAUGUGAUGCUGGUGGGCUGCGAGGACAUGACGGAUCUGCCGGCGCGGGAUCGCCUCCAUCUGCCGCAGUCGAACAUCGAUACUCGUGGAACGCAACAGAUGCUCGAUUUCUUUGCCCAGUGCAUCGAGGUCAAGGGACCAUUGCUGGUGGACCAGCUGUUCCACCUGCUGACCACCAACUUUCCGCAGGAUCAGUGGCUACGCAUGUUCAAGACGCCGGGUGACUUGAGCUCGUUCCUCAAGCUCUUUGCGGACUGCUUCCAUAUACAGGCCAAUCUAGUCACCUUGCUGCAGAAGCCCAAGCUCAGCGAUACGCACAUCCAGCAGGCACAGGCUCAAACCCGGGAGCAAUUCAAUGCGCUGAACAACAACAACAGUGCCAGCAUCCGGAAGCAGGAAUCUGCACAGGUUGGGGGAGUUGGAGCAGUCAGCUCGGUGCAGCAGAGACUGCAAUCGCCAGCUCUGCGGAGUAAUGGUCAUACGAACAACAACAAUGGAAGCAAUGGCAGCAAUAAUAACAACAACAACAGCAUAGCCUGUCCGAACUUUAAGCUGAAUGCACCCGUUUCGAAUGUGUUGGGCCAGGGACAGGGCCAGGGCCAGAGCUUUGGACAGCCGAAGUCGGAGCCCAGUUCUGGAUUUGACAGCUAUGUGCCGAUGUCGGAGAUGAAGCUGGAGAAUCUGUGCGAGAACAACUAUCCCAGUGCGAACACAUGCUACGGGCCCAUUAAUAACUCCGCCCAGCAGCAACAGCAACUGCAGACGCAGCAGCAGCCACAAGCUACACAGAAUCCAGCAGAGCAGCGGAUGAACAAUGUUAACCAAACUCUCAAGCAACGCAUCAACACGUUAGUUAUACGGACUCUAGCCGAGAAUCUGGAGAAGGAUAAGCAAUCGCUGGUCAACCAGCAAGGCGGGCCAACUUCCCCGCACGCCAGUCCCGUGCAUUCCAUUGCCAAUUCGAGUUCUAACCAAAACGCCACUGCUGCAAACAACGCCAAUAGCAACUCGAAUGCGAAUCCAAACAAUGCCAACCACUCACCUAGUCAUAGUUACUUCGUCGGCGACACCUGGAAGAUAAAGGUGCUGCAGAACACCACGGUGAUAGCGAAUGUUAAGCAAUCGGUGUUUGUGACCGACAUCAUACUCAAGUACGCGGCCAAAAACGAGAACAUAGUGGUCUCCCUGGACUGCGAGGGCAUUAAUCUGGGCCUAAAGGGCGAGAUUACCCUCAUUGAGAUUGGAACGACUCGUGGCGAAGCCUUUUUGUUCGACGUGCAAUCCUGCCCGGCGAUGGUCACCGAUGGUGGACUGAAGACCGUUCUGGAACACGACCAGGUGAUCAAGGUGGUACACGACUGCCGCAACGAUGCUGCCAAUUUGUAUCUGCAGUUCGGCAUCCUGCUGCGGAAUGUGUUUGAUACACACGCCGCACAAGCUAUCUUGCAAUAUCAGGAGAGCGGCAAGCAGGUCUACAAGGCCAAGUACAUAUCGCUGAACACGCUGUGCGAGCUGUACAAUGCCCCCUGCAAUCCUAUCAAGGAUCAGCUGAAGCAGAUCUACCGCAGGGAUCAGAAAUUCUGGGCCAAGCGUCCGCUCACACGGGAAAUGAUGCUAUAUGCAGCGGGAGAUGUCCUGGUCCUGAUCCAAGACCAGUUAUUUGGCAACCUGGCGCGGCAGAUAAAGUCAGAGAAUCGAACACUCUUCUCAGAGCUGUGCACCGAGCAAAUACUCAUGCAAAUCAAACCCAACGAGGUCAAGAUACGCAAGAAGCAGCGCAAGGUCAGCACGGAAGUGUCCGACCUCAAACAGAAGUUGGCCCAGACCAGCAAAAGCAUCGUGCUCUCAAAUCGAGAGAUUCGUCUGCUACGCUAUAUGGACCUAACGGAGGAUGAGAAAGAGCGCCUCAAGGGCUACUACAAGGUGGCCAAGAAGCUGGAGAAAAUGGAGUCCGCCGGCAAUCCCAGCAAAGACCAAAGUGACUCAGAGGAUGAGCCAGAGCCCAAUGAGAACGACACAUUUCCCAGCUUGGACUCGGUGCCCUCGGACAAUUCGCUGUCGGGCACUUUCUCGCCACGGUUCAGCUCAGAGCCACCUAGUCUGACGGAAUCCAUGCAAAUGCUGGAAGAGAUUUUGCAGAACAAGUCCAUGGAUCGCAUAGCCCGUAUUGAUAAGCUGGAGGCCAUUCUAACGACUGCCACCUCGCUGCCAUGUGAACAAAUUAUAGCCUCAAAUUCGAUGCAAGAGCAACUGGGAUCGAGCAUUGCGACCACCGAGAAUCUACAAAUAAUACGCGAGAAAUCCAGAAACAUUAAGAACUGCAAUUGCCAGGGCGAGCGCAGUGUGACGCCCAUUCUGCGAACGACUGACAAGCGAGUGGUGAAGCUGGUGGAUGCCGAAUCGCAGACGCUGAGCACCGGCGAUGUGGUCAUCACCAAGAUCUUCUUCCAGGACGAGCACGAGCGGGCCAAGGAAGCGGCCCUGCUGAGCAACUCGCCCACGAAGCGGGUGUCCCCCACAUAAAUAAACAUUUCAACCUUCGAACAAAGAUUCCUAACAAGCAAAGCGCAGACAUAUUACGUAUUAUUAUUUUGUUUUUUAUAGUCGAGGGGCUCGACCCUAUGCCCCGCGACGCUUUAACGACUAUGCAAUAACUUUCAUACCCAAUUGAGAAGCAAUAUAUUUUGUGCCUAGAUGUUGAACAUUGCAAUAACAAUAAUAUAUGAUUUACCAAUUGUUAACUACUCGCCUCCGACUCGGACCUUUUUACAUAACAACCGACGAGCCUUGGCGAAUCGAUCUUACCGAAUCCCUGUUCUCUGAGAAAGCGACGGCCAAUGAGAAUUUGCGGAAUUCGGUGAGGUUAACGACUUACGAGCUGCGCCAAACAAUCAUUUCAAAUGUAUCUGUUAAUUGACUUGUAGACCAUUUUGCUAUUAACUAAAUCUGCGUUGGACCAAUGUGUAUUAACUCCCAAUGAAAUUAUUGAAUGCAGUUUUCUAGAGGUUUCCUAAUAUAUUUGUCGCCAUAUCAGAAGUGAACUUAUUGUAUUUUAACCAUAAUACUUUAUAAACCGAAUCGUUUAUUCAACUCAACUUAAGUUUAACCAAACAAUCUUCUUAAUUAAUAACAACAAAUUGUGUAGUCAAUCUAAGUGAAAGAGAAUUAAUUGUAAUGGAAAGAAUACUGAAAUGGUACGAUUAUAAAUUAUAUAUCUAAUUGAAUAAAACGUGUAUAUACCUA